AUGCCGCUGUGGAUUUUCCCAAAGGACACUGCUCCACAGCCCGGCAUCUCCUAUCUGGGCCCCGGGCCCCCCCCGGGCUCGUAUGAGCACCGCGAGCGGCUUAAUUUUUUCGAUCUGGUUAAAGCAUUAGAGGAUUUGGAGCGUCGAGGUGGCCAAAGCCAGAGCGGUGCCAGGGGGUUCGGUCCCGUGCCCGCAGCUCCACACCCGGCUCCACCCGCCCUCCUCAGGGUCACAUCUGUCCGAGGUGUCUCCUUGGCCGUGCUGGAGGUGCAUGUGGGGACCAGCCUGGUGUUCUCCGUGGAGGGACAGCAGGCAGUGCUGCCUGCCUGGUACACCAGCCACUCCCAGAACAAGCCCUACGUCAGCUGGAUGCUGAAAAAGGAUCGUAGUCCCUCCCAGAUCCUGUCAUACCUGGGUGGGAAGGUGAAGGUGGAGGAGACAGAACUGAAGCCGCGCAUAGGGUUCCUGUACGACAUCUUCAGCCACAACAUCUCGGUGUUCAUCAACGCCACCCGCGAGCAGGACUCGGGGCAGUACAUGUGCUCCGUCAACGUGGAGGACGACACCAUCAGGUUGGACAAGAACAUGGGCGUCAUCAACCUCACCGUCCUGGUGCCGCCGGCCGUGCCCACCUGCCACCUGCGCGGCAGCGCCGUCGUGGGCGCCAACGUCACCUUGAUCUGCUCCUCCGAGAAGGGGAAGCCCUCGCCCAUGUACCAGUGGCAGCGCGAGCCGCCCACCCUGCAAGUCUUCUUUCCCCCUGCCCAGGACCGGGCCAGGGGCACCCUCAAGCUGACCAACCUCACCCUGGAAAUGUCGGGGGUCUACGUCUGCAGGGCUGAAAACCAAGCAGGUUCUAAGAACUGCAGCAUUGUGCUGGAGGUACACUCAACAAACACCAAAGCAGUCAUUGCUGCCGCCGUGCUGGGCUCCCUGGGUGCCCUUGCCACCAUCAUCUUCUUUGCCCAGAAGAUUGUUGGCUACAGGAGGAAAAAACGUGACAGCCAGGAGGAGGGAGCCAACGAGAUCAAGGAAGACGCCGUGGCACCCAAAACCCCGACGUGGGCGAGGAGGCCGGCUUCAGACACCAUGUCCAAAACCAGCACCCUGUCCUCCAUCGGCGGCACCCGGCAGCCCUACGGAGCCCGAGCCCCCUCCGACACCGCCUCCAUCCUCACCACCACCGGCAGCUACCGGGGCCCCCCGCCCCGGGGAGGGGGGCGGCCCCCCAACCUCUCACCCCCCGCCGUUAACGGGACCCCCCGGCGCCGCCAGGACCCCGCCGCCGCUCCCGUGGGGUCGCUGCCCCCCUCCAGCCUGGCACGAGCAGGUGCCGUUCCUGUCAUGGUGCCAGCACAGAGCCGAGCUGGCUCCUUGGUGUGAGCACCCCCCCAAAAAAACCAGGGGUGCCCGUAGCCAGCCCACCCCACUCCCUGCUUCCUGGGGGGGUUUGUCCCUUUUUGGGUUUCCUUUUCUUUUGAACAGAUGCCUCGAGCAGCUGGACUCAUCGUGGGCGUGUUUAAUGGGUGCAGGGGCUCUCUGGGUUUGGAGGGACCGAGUCUCCCCAUAAAUAUCACCCCCAAACCAGCCCCAGCUCUGCCUCAGGGGGGUCCCCUUCUUAUUAUUUUUUUUCUAUAUCUAUAUAUCAGGUGAAAUGAGGGAUUUUUCAUAAAAGAGCAUUAAAGGUGGGGGGGGUGGGUGAUGUGGCCACACACACACACACACACACACACACACACACACACACACACACACACACACAC